GUGUCCAAAUUCAUCGCGGGCGAAGCUGCCCAGAGCCAAGAAGAUUACACUACUGCAUGACCCGACAGGCUUAGUUCCAGUCGAUCCUCAACAUGGGCUAUCACGGUGUGCUGAGCAAAGGCUGUCAGCGGUGUCGCCGCCGCAAGGUCAAGUGUGACCAGAGCAAGCCGGCCUGCAGACGCUGCGAGAAACUUGGCGUGCCUUGUUCUGGUUACCGCGAUCUGCUCGAGGCUCAGUUCAUCGACGAGUCGCCCCGCGUUGUACGUAAGGCCACGGCGCGGGCCGGUCCGCCGGAUCAAGCGCCGAUGGAUGUUGGCUGCAGCAAGGCAAUCACGCCGGGGCCCGAGAGUGCGGCAUCUGAUCAUGCUUCAACAGCAGUGCGGUUGCAGAUUGAGGACUGGUUUCGUCUCUUCCCCAACUCAGAAGCUGGCCUGCGAUACCCGUCUCUGGGCGGUCCCAUGAAUGUGCUCUGUGCCAAUUUCUUCCUGGCGCACUAUGCGCCAACUGCACCGGUCUUGUCUGACCACAGCUAUGACUGGCUGAUCCAGGCAUACUGGGACACCGGCAACGAUCUAGUGAGGCUGGCCACAGAUGCAGUGUCUUUUGCGGCGCUCUCCAACAAGUUCUUCGCCCCAGACAUGAAACCUCGAUCCAGGCAGCUCUAUGGCCAAGCGCUGGCGCGCCUCAAUACAAUGCUGGAGGAUCCCGUGCAAGCAGUGCGGGAUGACACGCUGAUGUGCGUCGUUCUUCUGGGACUAUACGAGCGCGUCAAUCUCAUGAGUUGGGAUGACUAUCGACGAUGGUCUGCACAUAUGGAAGGCGCUGCCAUGCUGCUCAAGCUUCGCGGGACAGAGCAGUUCAGUCGUGCUGCUGGGAGGCAGCUUUAUAUUCACCUCCGUUCUCAAAUUAUUCACAAUUGUAUGAUGCAACACACAGCGGUCCCCGAUUCCUUGAAAGACACAAGCAAUUUCUUCCAACCCAGUGACCAUUGGCCAGUCACGUACGAUACCCGUCCCGGCUCUCUCGGCCAGAUAAGUUUUCAAAUUGUCAAUCUACGAGCCGCAGUCAGUGCCAGGACGCUCACCGAUCCCGAGGAAAUCCUGGAGGCUGCGCUUGGGGCGGAGAGGACCCUUGAACGGUGGACACUUCACGCGCCGCAAGGCUGGAGCCACGGAUCCUUCACCCCGUCCGCCGCAGAUAUGAUACAGCCCGGAGAUGGCAUCCAGGAGGAGAAUGCGGCCACCAGCAUGUCGGAACACACAUACGCAAAUGUGGGCGUGGCGCAGGUAUGGAACAACUGGCGAGCCUUGCGCAUCAUCGCCCACCAAAUCGUGAUUUACCAUGGUCCAUCCCCUCUACGUGCGGACUGUGCCACUUCUGCAGAGGCCGACGAGCGCUACGCGCAGCUGGAAGAACACUCUGCGUACAUCAUUCGCCAGAUGUCUACCGACGUGCUGGCGGCUGCGCCGGCUGUAUCGGAUACUCCACGAGCCGGGUCUCUGGUGUGGCCACUGUUCCUCAUCGCCCAAGAGCCGCUGAACCCAGUACACGUGCGGAACCAGGCUGUCCGAGUGCUCCGGCAGGUCAACAACACUCUGGGGUACAGGAUUGCCUCACUCAUGGCAGACACUGCCGAGGAGACCUUCAUUGGUGACAUGAUCGGUGGACUCCCUGUCCCACAUACACCUUUCCAAGCUCUGCUGCUGAGUGGCUGAUGGGGGUUGUCCGAUCAUAGAACUAGAGAGUUUAGGGCGUCGUCCGACUCACCAAUGCCACGAGAUAUGGUGUAACACAAAUGAUUUACACCACAGUAAGAACGGGGUCUGCGGCGCAGGGACCUGUACAACAAAGAAGACACCAUGAAGUGACUGAAUAACAAUGAUUAGAUCAGACAUACGCCAUCAG